UUGUUAAGGACUAGCUUGUGAGACAAACAUUAGGAGAGUGAAAAAGAAAUGCUAGAGAGUGAAGAGAAAAACUGGAUAAUAAUACCGCUUGCAUUUGUGCAAGAGCUCAAGAAGGCUUCCUCUAUAGCUGCACCAAUGGUGGUGGUGUCAAUUCUGCAGUAUCUUUUACAAGUAGUAUCUAUUAUAAUGGUUGGACACCUUGGUGAACUUUCACUCUCUGGCGUUGCCAUUGCCACCUCUCUCACCAACGUAACCGGCUUUAGCCUUCUUUCCGGAAUGGCUGGUGGGUUGGAAACUCUAUGUGGGCAAGCUUAUGGAGCAGAGCAGUUUCAAAAACUUGGAACCUAUACUUACACUGCAAUCAUUUCUCUCAUUCUGGUUUGUCCCCCAGUUUGUGUUCUAUGGAUUUUCAUGGACAAAAUAUUAAUUCUCUUAGGCCAAGACCCUACAAUAUCCCUUGAAGCUUGCAAAUACUCAAUGUGGCUCAUUCCUGCACUAUUUGGCGGUGCAGUACUUAAGCCACUUACUCGUUACCUGCAGUCACAAAGUUUGACUCUUCCAAUGCUCUUUAGCUCCAUUGUUAUUCUAUCUUUUCACAUACCUGCAUGUUGGAUUCUUGUGUAUAAGUUGAAAUUAGGAAGUCAUGGUGCAGCAAUAGCCUUCGGUUCAUCAACUUGGCUGAACGUGAUAUUACUAAGCCUUUUUACGAUUUAUUCUUCGGCAUGUGAGAAAACACGUGUCCCUUUUUCAAAAGAUGUUUUGCUUGGUAUCUCAGAAUUCUAUCGCCUUGCUAUCCCUUCUGCUGUAAUGGUUUGUCUUAAAUGGUGGUCAUGUGAGCUGCUUACUUUGCUGUCUGGCCUUCUGCCAAAUGCAAAGCUGGAGACUUCAGUGCUCUCUAUAUGCCUUACAAUUUCUACAUUGCACUUCACUGUAGCCUAUGGAUUUGGGGCUGCUGCAAGUACUCGGAUUUCAAAUGAACUGGGAGCUGGAAACCCACAAGCAGCUAGAGUGACUGUUUGGGCUACAAUGUUCCUUUCCAUCACAGAGGGAAUUAUUGUGAGCGUGACUCUCUUCUUUUGCCGCUAUGUUUUGGGAUAUGCAUACAGCAAUGAGAAGCAGGUUGUGAAUUAUAUCGCAGUUAUGGCUCCAUUGAUUUGUCUCUCAAUAUUAAUGGACAGCUUACAAGCAGUUCUUUCUGGCGUUGCUCGAGGAAGUGGAUGGCAGCACAUUGGUGCCUAUGUCAACCUUGGGGCAUUUUAUCUGGUUGGACUCCCAGUGGGAGCUGUACUUGGUUUUGUUCUACAUUUAAGAGGGAAAGGCCUUUGGAUUGGGAUCAUUGCUGGGUCUAUUGUGCAAUCAACUCUUCUUUCUCUUAUAACAGGUUUCACAAAUUGGAAAAAACAGGCAGACAAGGCAAGAGAGAGGAUAUUUGAGAGGAAAUCUUCAGUGAACAGUCAAUCAGAUAGAAUUGACAAAGAAGCAACUUAAAGCAGAUGAUUAGUCACCUUUCAUCUUCAAAUUUAACUCUAAUGUAAAUCUAUUUGAAGAGUAUUCCUCUCAAAGUUGUGGAACUUAGUUGUGGGUCUUUUGUACAAAUAUGGUUAAUACUCCACA